GGCAGGAUUUCCAUGCACCGAUACUUGCUAUUCCUGGAGUUAAAAGUGUGGUUAUUGCUGUUUUCACUGCAGCUACUUUUUUUAGUAUUGCACUCUGUACAAGGCUUCAAGCUGGUUUGGAGCAAAAGAUUGUCCUUCCCAGAGAUUCUUAUCUUCAGGGUUACUUCGAUGACCUUGCGAAUUAUCUCAGAGUUGGUCCACCGCUUUAUUUUGUUGUCAAAGGCUUCAACUAUAGCUUGGAAUCAAAUCAAACAAACAAGAUAUGCUCCAUCAACCACUGUGAUUCAAACUCUCUUUUGAAUGAGAUUACAAAAGCAUCAUUAAAUCCAGAAUCCAGUUUUAUUGCCAAGCCAGCUGCCUCAUGGCUUGAUGACUUCCUGGUAUGGUUGUCUCCAGAAGCAUUUGGUUGCUGCCGUAAAUUCACAAAUGGGAGCUACUGUCCUCCAAAUGAUCAGUUUCCAUGCUGUCAGCCUAAUGGGGGCACGUGUGGCAUCGAUGGGGUGUGCAAAGACUGCACUACGUGUUUUCACCAAUCAGACCUGCAUGAUGGCCGUCCAUCUACAGCACAGUUCAGAGAGAAGCUUCCAUGGUUUCUCAAGGCAUCUCCCUCAGCAAAUUGUGCAAAGGGUGGUAGUGGAAUAUACUCAUCCAGCAUUGAUCUUACUGGUUUUGAUAGUGGAAUGAUCCAGGCAUCAUCAUUUCGAACGUAUCAUUCACCCCUCAGUGGACAAAUGGAUUAUGUGAAUGCGAUGAGAGCUGCUCGAGAUUUCAGUUCAAGGGUCUCUGAUUCUUUGAAGAUUCAGGUUUUUCCGUAUUCCGUCUACUACAUAUUUUUUGAGCAGUAUCUUCAUAUAUGGAAGACCGCAUGGACUAUCAUUGCAAUUGGUCUAGGUGCUGUGUUCAUAAUAUGUCUGGUUAUCACUUGCAGCCUAUGGACAUCAGCGAUAAUUUUAUUAGUGUUAUCGAUGAUUGUUGUUGACAUGAUGGGUGUCAUGGCUAUCUUGAAAAUUCAGUUGAAUGCAAUUUCAGUUGUCAACUUGGUCAUGUCAGUAGGAAUUGCUGUUGAGUUCUGUGUUCAUAUAACACAUGCUUUCCUGGUAAAUGGUGGAGAUAGAGGGAGCCGGGCCAAAGCAGCUCUAUGUACAAUGGGCGCCUCUGUGUUCAGCGGAAUCACACUUACGAAGCUAGUAGGUGUUAUUGUGCUGAGCUUCGCAAAGUCACGAGUGUUUGUGGUUUAUUACUUUCAAAUGUACCUUGCGUUGGUUCUCAUCGGAUUCCUACACGGGCUCGUUUUUCUUCCGGUUCUGCUAAGCAUUUGUGGACCGCCUUCAAGAUGUGAUUCUGAUGAAAAACCAGAAAAUCAGCCUACUAUUCCAGCUGAGACAAUAUCAUCAUAAUAAAGAAAAGGUAGAGUAGCCGUUACGAUGGCUACAAAAGGUUGUUUUUAUGAGGUGAUAAAAAAAAAACUAUUUAGAAAGUAGAAGUUGGGAAGUGUGGUGAUGAAAAUAUCAUCAUGUAUAUGUUGUAAAUGAAAUUUGCAUGACUCUACAAUUAGAAAGGAAACAAACAAUAUCUAGACACUAGUGAGGCUCUGCAGGCAUGAACUUUCAGAAAUUCUGUAAUUUUAAGGAUUCAGAUACGAGAAGACUGACCUGAGCUUAAGCGAUAUGUUAAGUUUUUUGUUUCGCUAAGCUUUUAUUUUUAUAGUAGUUUGUUACAAAAUCGCUUUAAAAAAAGUUAGGUUCUAAAUUAGGGAGCAAAUGGUUGUCUGAAACAGCAACAUAGUUUUUGUAAUAACAAUUUCAUAGAAAGUAUUG